AUGGGUAAACAGUACAUAUCAACUGUCAGUGCAUCACAGGCACAUAAUUCAGAUAUCCUAGGGGUGGAAAUCACGCCGAGGUACACAAUUUCAGUAUCCAGUGACGGGUACGCCAGAUUUUGGGACAACAAAAAGGAUGAAGUGCAUGACCCAAAAGAGUUUGUACAAUCAGUAUUCAUUGACAAGAGUGGGAUCCAUCAUUUAGCAGUGUAUGAGAAUAAAAUACCGAGUUCAACGAUCAAGGUAACGGUUUUAUCAUUUGCAUGUUUCAAUGGACAGGUCAAGUUCAAGCAAUUCAUCAAUGACGAUUUAACCACGUUGGAAGAUUGCGUAUUCAAAUUGAGCAAGAGCUGGGUACCGGGGUUCUACGUUGACCCGGAAUCAAAACAGGAUUACUUUAUAGUAAACAAGAUGAAUGGAGUUACCGAAGUGUACACAGUGUCGAUUACUGCAAACGCAGAUAAAGUUAGCUCUGCAUUUACCAAGUAUGGCGAUUUACGAAACGGAACAUCUUCGAACUCGUCCACAUCGUCCACAUCGUCGUCACCUUUUGCCAUUUCACUUGCUGUCAACCAAACUGACAAUAAGAAAUGCGCCGUGGGGUAUAUAAAUGGAGACGUCUUGUUGUACGAUUUUCAAAACUUGAAGGUGGUUUACACGUUCCGGUCUACUGACUUGGUAGUCAGCAGAAACCCUAAACUUAACUCGUCAUCUUCGAUACCUCGUGCUAUUGCAUUUUCACCGGGCGGCACACUACUAGCAGUAGCAAGAGAUAACCAAGCAGCAGGGUCAAUCACACUCUACGAUGUUCAAUAUGGUGAAAACGUCGGCACAUUGGCAACACCAUCACAUUCAGCUAAAAGCGUGGUUGGUGGGUUUGCCCACCAAGGAUGGAUCUUGGGUAUUGAUUUUGACGAGGAAGGGAAAAACUUGGUUUCUUGUGGGUUUGAUAAAUGUGUACGAGUGUGGAAUUUGGAAACUAGUGAACGUGAAGCUACGAUAAACAUCUCCAUUACCGACUUGGAUGGCGCUAGUAACGAUGAUCAGCAGGAUGAAAGUGUUGCCAGUGGUGUCAAAUUUAUCAGCAAAGGUGUUAGAGGAGGCGCUGGUGGUGAUAGCAACGAAGGAAUUUGCGUUGUCAGUUUUGAUAGAGGUAUUAGAUGGUAUAGAGAAGCUGGCGGUAUAUAG